UUCUGCAAAAUAUUGGGAAUAGCUAGCGUUAUCAGUUAACAUGUGCAUGAAAUGAACAAAUUAGGUCUGACAUGUUGGUUUGAUAAGUAUAUUUUGUGAAUAACACGGAUAAAAAAGUUGUUUACAAUUGUCAGCUGGGCACCAUAACAAACUCCACGAGGAAUGCUGCGAGACAGGCGCCGUGCGGAGCGCUGUGACAAGGGACAACGACAAGGGAUACUGAAAGGCUUUGUGCGAGAUUUUGUGCUCUAGUUUGGUGUUUAGGGAUAAGCCAGGAUUUGGUUCUAUAUAGGCGAGUCACUUUGCUGUUUAAACCGCUACAUUUGUUUUUAGAAAACGUCAUGGGCAGUGUGGAGAAGACUUUCAAGGAGAGAAGAUCUCUUGAGCAACGCGUGCACGAUGUCCGCCACAUUCGGGAACUUCACCCCAGCAAAGUACCGGUCAUCAUCGAACGCUUCAGUGGCGAGAAGUCGCUGCCGCAAAUAGACAAGACCAAGUUUCUGGUGCCCGAUCACGUCACCAUGGGCGAACUGAUACGCAUAAUACGCCGCCGUCUCAGCCUGCACCCCAGCCAGGCGUUCUUCCUGCUGGUGAAUCAGCGCGCUCUGCCCAGCGUCUCGGCCACCGUCGGAGCCGUCUACGGACAGGAGCGGGACCAGGACGGCUUCCUCUACAUGGUGUACGCCUCGCAGGAGGUGUUUGGCGGCGGUCUCUGAGUGCCGGCCGGUCACUCACAGAUUGGACACAGCAAUGGGGUCGAGACCAUUGACAACAUUGUUUUACAUUUAUUGGAUGUCGUCGUUCAUUGCAUUUUUCUUUCAAGAUCACUUAAAAAAAAAAUAUUCGAGAUUGGAUAAUUGAGGUGAACAUCGCACAGCUUCAAAGAGGAACAGAGACGUGAGAGAGAGAGAGAGAGAGAGAGAGAGAGAGAGAGAGAGAGAGAGAGAGAGAGAGAGAGAGAGAGAGAGAGAGAGAGAGAGAGAGAGAGAGAGAGAGAGAGAGAGAGAGAGAGAGAGAGAGAGAGAGAGAGAGAGAGAGAGAGAGAGAGAGAGAGAGAGAGAGAGAGA